AUGGCCUCUUUCCAGUUUGAAGCUGUCAUCUUCUUCUUCUUCUUCCUCCUGGCAUCUAAUGCUAAUGGUGUUCGAGUUUUUGAUGUGACCAAGUAUGGUGCAAUACCAGGCGGCAAAAGUGAUAUUAGCCAGGCACUAUGUAAUGCAUUUAAACAAGCAUGUGCUUCCACGAGUCCUAGCCAAGUUUUGAUUCCCAAAGCCUUAUUUGGUUUAGAGCGAGUGAUUCUCUAUGGUCCUUGCAAGGCUCCUAUUGAAAUUCGGAUUGAAGGCACAUUGAAGGGUCCUUCUGCCCCUAAACAAUUUCUUGGGCUUGAUAAUUGGAUUAACUUUGGCUAUAUGGAUGGUUUCACAUUGAGUGGUAACGGAACCAUAGAUGGCCAAGGUGCCUCCGCUUGGCCUUACAAUGAUUGUUCUACAAACUCUAAUUGCAAAAAAAUUCCCAUUAGUAUGAGGUUCGAUUUCAUCAGCAAUGGACAUGUAACUGGCAUAACUUCAUUAAAUCCUAAAUUCUUUCACAUCAACGUACUAGGUUGCAAGAAUUUUGUUAUUGAACACGUGAAUACCAUUGCUCCUGAGCAAAGCCCCAAUACUGAUGGAAUCCAUAUUGGUCGAUCAAAUGGUGUUAUUAUUGCCAAUACAAAAAUUUCAACAGGUGAUGAUUGUAUCUCUAUUGGUGAUGGUACCAAAAACUUGACCAUCAAAAGCGUAGAUUGUGGACCUGGUCAUGGCAUUAGCAUCGGGAGUUUGGGAAAGUUUGUAGGAGAACAACCAGUAGACUUAAUUAUCGUACAACAUUCGGCUGAAGUAGCCCACCCGAGAGUUGAUGCUCUGUCUUAA